GAAAAACACGAAACAGUCAAAUUGUAAUAUAGGCGAGGGGAAGCGACCCGUCUUGUAGUCGGCGAAGAUAGCAAAGACAGAUAGCCAUGGCGAAUCGACCCCUCUUCCCCUCCUCUCUCUUACACUUGCUCGCUCUACUCUCACUCCUCAACCUCUUCCUUUCCCACCUCUCUCGCUCUCUCGUCCUCGCCGCAGAUUCCCACUUCGAAGGCUUCGACUCAGAAGAUGCCGAUGCCGAUUCCGAUCCCGAUCCCGAUAUCCUCUACCAACUCCUCCGAUCCCCUUCACUCACUCUCUCUGAUUCAGACCCCUCUCGAUUCUCUCCCCCGGAUCCCGUUCCGGACUCUCGGUCUCCGCCUUCUUCGUCGGAUCCUCCCAAGCCUUCCUACGCCAGCUUCGAUGACUGGGACGAGGACGAAUUCGAAGGCCUACCGAUUCUCGAAGAGAAGCCCAUCGAGACCCCGAUUAUCACCGAGGAUGCCACUCCCUCUGAUUCGAACUCGAAACCCUCAGCCUCCCCGAAAGCGAAGCCGACCCUAAAGUCUUACACCGCCGAGAUCGUGUGCGGGACUUUUCUGAUCGUGUUCUUGAUCAACUACUUCACCGGGAAGCGCGAGAACGAGAGCCUUGCCCUCGCCUGGGCCGCUAAGUUCGCCACCAAAAACUCCAUCUUUGAGCGGAAUUUCAGUUUGUUGGGGGUUGGCGAAGGCGACGACUCGCCGUUGCUGCUGAAGGAGGGGCAGACCAUGUUCAAGUUCUACGCGAGCGGGCGUAGGUAUUGCCAGGGGUUGUUGGCAACGAUGGAGCUGAAGAGCCGGCAUGAUUUGAUAUCGAGGUUGUACAAUUUGGUGGUGCCGUGCAAAGACGAGAUUUCUUUCGAGGUGUAUAUGAACGAAGACGCCAUGGACCACGUGGUUCUUGCUGCGUCGAGGAAGAAGGCGGCGAAGGUGAUGCAGAAGGAGGUAAGGGAUUUGCAGAAGUUCGCCGGGAUGGUGUCGCCGCCAACGAGUGGUAGGAAGUGGGUGAGCGAAGAGUUGGCAGUUAUCGCGGAAUCGAAAGAGGUGGCAGGGGAUUUGAUCACGGAUGCCGUGCUUGAUCAGGUUUUUGGAGAAAAAGCUUUUGAGAAAUUCGGAAAGCAUUUCAUCUCAAUGCAUUUCUCUGAUCAACAACCGGGCACACACAAGAAGAUGCUCUUGUUCAAGUUUGCCCUCCCAGACGCCAACAACAUGGCUGAUAUGGCUCGAUUGGUGGCUCUUGUGCCUUAUUAUAUCGACUUGAUAGGGCGGUACAAACUGAGUUCUCAGGCUCGAUCUAAAACAGAAGCAGCCAGAUUAAAGGCUGCUCAAGAGGCAUAUAAAGAACUUCAAAAUGCUAGGCAAGAAGCCUUGCAGAAAAAGAAAGCAGAGAGGAAAAAGCUGAUGGAGGAAGCUGAGGCGCAGCUUAGUGCAGAGUUGAUUCGGAAGAAAGAAGCAAAAGAUCGUACUCGUCAGACGAAGAAGGGAAUGCCAAAAAUAAAGAUGUCCCGCGCACACUAAUUGCCACAUUUUGUCCAGACGGACUAUCUAAAACAUGUGACUCUUCCCGUGCCUUCACGGUGUCACCCACUUUCUAAUAGCUUACCUGAUUUCCCUUCAAA